GAGUGUGCGUGCGUGCGUUGCGUGUUUGCGUGUGGUCUCAGUUCCCGCCAUCAGCCGCUCUCCCUGAGUCGGGGGAGUGAGCUGUCCCUCUCCUUCGUACCGGCUGUCCCUUCCUUCCUUCCCCCCCACUUUUUCUCCUCCGUGCGGACUCCGUGCUUCCGGCAGGCCUGUCCGGGGCUCAGGACUCGCAGGCACAGCUUACAUGGUACUUCUUCAGAGAAACCUCUUGAUGCUGUCUAACCUCUAACCCCCAAGUCUUAAAUCAGCUGAGUUGAUGGCUUCCGGAGAGCUGGCAUAGCUGCAGAAUAUGAGUAGUUCCCCAAGAAGAGUGCAUUCCCUUUGGCACAAGCAUCAGAAUAAAGGUGAAUUGUUAUUACAUAGGGUUUUUCAGUAAAAGUCACUGAAAAACACUGUCCUAAUGGGGAUGCAAACAUUAAAGAACAUAUUCCCUGUCUUAAAUAGAAGAGUCUAGAUAGAGUGAGACAAAGAGAAUCUGUCAGGUGAAGGUGUAUUUUUGUUUUAUAAUUUGGCUAGAAGCAAUUUAUUUUUUAAGAAAGUAUGUCUCCUCUGAAGAUACAUGGUCCUAUCAGAAUUCGAAGUAUGCAGACUGGGAUUACAAAAUGGAAAGAAGGAUCCUUUGAAAUUGUGGAAAAAGAAAAUAAAGUCAGCCUAAUAGUUCACUAUAACACUGGAGGAAUUCCAAGGACAUUUCAGUUAAGUCAUAACAUUAAAAAUGUGGUGCUUCGACCCAGUGGAGCAAAACAAAGCCGCCUAAUGUUAACGCUACAAGAUAACAGCUUCUUGUCUAUUGACAAAGUACCAAGUAAGGAUGCAGAGGAAAUGAGGUUGUUUCUAGAUGCAGUCCAUCAAAACAGACUUAACGCAGCCAUAAAACCUUCUCAGGGGUCUGGUAGUUUUGGAGCUAUUCUGGGCAGCAGGACCUCACAGAAGGAAACCAACAGGCAGCUUUCUUACUCAGACAAUCAGGCCUCUUCAAAAAGAGGAAGUUUGGAAACUAAAGAUGAUAUUCCAUUUCGAAAAGUUCUUGGUACUCCAGGUAGAGGAUCGAUUAAGACUGCAGCAGGAAGUGGAAUAACUGUGACUCGGACGAUUCCCUCUUUGACAUCUACAUCUACACCUCUUAGAUCAGGGUUAUUAGAAAAUAGAACUGAAAAGAGGAAAAGAAUGCUAUCAUCUGGCUCAGAGUUGAAUGAAGAUUACCCUAAGGAAAAUGAUUCAUCAUCGAACAACAAGGCUAUGACGGAUCCCUCAAGAAAGUAUUUAACCAGCAAUAGAGAGAAGCAGCUGAGUUUGAAACAGUCAGAAGAGAAUAGGACAUCAGGGCUUUUACCUUUGCAGUCGUCAUCCUUUUAUGGUAGCAGGGCUGGAUCUAAGGACUACUCUUCUGGCAGUACCAAUCUAGACAGGACUAAUGUUUCAAGCCAAACUCCCUCUGCCAAAAGAAGUUUGGGGUUUCUUCCUCAGCCAGCUCCUCUUUCUGUUAAAAAACUGAGGUGUAACCAAGAUUAUACUGGCUGGAACAAACCAAGAGUGCCCUUUUCCUCUCAUCAACAGCAGCAACUGCAGGGCUUCUCCAAUUUGGGAAAUACCUGCUAUAUGAAUGCUAUUUUACAAUCCCUAUUUUCACUGCAGUCAUUUGCAAAUGACUUGCUUAAGCAAGGUAUCCCAUGGAAGAAAAUUCCACACAAUGCACUUAUCAGGCGUUUUGCACAUUUGCUUGUUAAAAAAGAUAUCUGUAAUUCAGAGACCAAAAAAGAUUUACUCAAGAAGGUUAAAAAUGCCAUUUCAGCUACAGCAGAGAGAUUCUCUGGUUAUAUGCAGAAUGAUGCUCAUGAAUUUCUAAGUCAGUGCUUAGACCAGCUGAAAGAGGAUAUGGAAAAAUUAAAUAAAACUUGGAAGACUGAACCUGUUCCUGGAGAAGAAAGUUCACCAGAUAUUUCAGCCACUAGAGUAUACACUUGCCCUGUUAUUACUAAUUUGGAGUUUGAGGUUCAGCACUCCAUCAUUUGUAAAGCAUGUGGAGAGAUUAUUCCCAAAAGAGAACAGUUUAAUGACCUCUCCAUUGACCUUCCUCGAAGAAAAAAGCCACUCCCUCCUCGUUCAAUUCAAGAUUCUCUUGAUCUUUUCUUUAGGGCAGAAGAACUUGAAUAUUCCUGUGAGAAGUGUGGUGGGAAGUGUGCUCUUGUCAGGCACAAAUUUAAUAGGCUCCCCAGGAUCCUCAUUCUUCAUCUGAAGCGGUAUAGCUUCAAUGUCACUCUCUCACUUAACAACAAGAUUGGGCAGCAAGUCAUCAUUCCAAGAUACCUGACCCUGUCGUCUCACUGCACUGAAAAUACAAAAUCACCCUUCACCCUUGGUUGGAGUGCGCAUAUGGCAAUUUCUAGACCAUUGAAAGCAUCUCAAAUGGUGAAUUCCUGCAUCACCAGCCCUUCUACACCUUCAAAGAAUUUCCCCUUCAAAUCCAAGAGCUCCUUGGCUUUGUGCCUUGAUUCAGACAGUGAGGAUGAGCCAAAACGCUCUGUGGCCCUUAGCCAGAGACUUUGUGAAAUGUCAGGCUGCGAACAGCAGCAGGAAGACCUGGAAAAAGAUUCAAAAUCAUGCAGAAUAGAGACAGAUAAGUCUGAAUUGGAAAACUCAGGACUUGACGGAAUGAGCGAUGAAGAGCUUCUAGCAGCUGUUUUAGAGAUAAGUAAGAGAGAAGCUUCACCGCCUCUGAGUCAUGAAGAUGAUGAUAAACCAACCAGCAGCCCCGACACUGGAUUUGCAGAGGAUGAUAUUCAAGAAAUACCUGAAAAUCCAGAUGCUGUGGAAACUGAGAAACCCAAAACAAUCACAGAGCCAGAUCCUGCCAGUUUUACUGAGAUAACUAAAGACUGUGAUGAGAAUAAAGAAAACAAAACCCCAGAAGGAUCUCAAGGAGAGGUUGACUGGCUCCAGCAGUACGAUAUGGAGCGUGAACGGGAAGAGCAAGAGCUACAGCAGGCACUGGCUCAGAGCCUUCAGGAGCAGGAGGCUUGGGAACAGAAAGAAGAUGAUGACCUCAAAAGAGCUACAGAGUUAAGUCUUCAAGAAUUUAACAACUCUUUUCUGGAUUCGUUGGGUUCUGACGAGGACUCUGGAAAUGAGGAUAUUUUAGAUAUGGAGUACACAGAAGCUGAAGCUGAGGGACUGAAAAGAAAUGCUGAGACAGGAAAUCUUCCUCAUUCCUAUCGGCUCAUCAGUGUUGUCAGUCACAUCGGUAGCACUUCUUCUUCAGGUCAUUACAUUAGUGAUGUGUAUGAUAUUAAGAAGCAGGCCUGGUUUACUUACAAUGACCUCGAGGUAUCUAAAAUCCAAGAGGCUUCCGUGCAGAGUGACCGGGAUCGGAGUGGCUACAUCUUUUUUUAUAUGCACAAGGAGAUCUUUGAUGAGCUGCUGGAAACAGAAAAGAAUUCUCAGGCACUUAGCACGGAAGUUGGGAAGACCACUCGCCAGGCCUCAUGAGGAGCAAACUCCUGGGUUGGCAGUGUGCACUGCAGAUUCUCUCUUCCUGUCACCCACCUCACUUUCCUCUGCUUGAGGAGAAUUUGGAACUCUACUUGAUGCUGGAGCAACACACAGCUCAGGGCCAAACCAAACGACGAAAAUUGCAGUUCUGCGGAAUGCUCCAUGCUAAUUGUUUUAUGGAAACUUUGGUCUCAUAUCUGUAGCUGAUUAUCCCCUAUUUCUCCUACAAGAGUAGCACUUCCUUUUGUCUUAGGAAUACAUGUUGUAAAUAUAUAUAUAUGUACAUACACACACAUAUAUGUGGAAUGAAUGGAGCCUUAAAGAGUUAGGAUGAGCCACCAGAGUAUGCCUGCUCAAAAUUAAUAGCACAGCAGUUUGGAGAAGAAACGAAGUUGUUACAGAGUCCAUUCUCCUGAGAAAUGUGUGGAGAUACACAUAUCAGUUGGCAUUUAGUGUUUAUGUUCCUUGAGUAGUUUCACUCAAGUCUGUAAUCCUUCAUGUGUGUUUCUGAUUAGUAAAGUUCACUGGAAAACCCGCUCUCCAUGUUACACUAAUGACAGUUCGUCCUCCUUGCAAAGGAAGGGCAUUUCUGCCACCUGACUUGGGGGGCUUUUUAAAAAAAUUACUUCAUGGAUUUGUAAUGCUUUUGCUGUUUACAUGCAGUCCCAAGAAAUGGAUUGUUGGUGCUCGGAAUGUGUUAUGGUCCCACAUUUGGUAUUCAUUGUACACUUUAUAUUUUCUUUAAAGAGAGUCUUUCACACAGUAUAUUCAUUGUAUAUGACCUAUAUUAUUAUGGGGAUGAAGAUAGAAUCUUUUGUUUUUUGUUCUGUAUCAUUCUUCCAUGGAGCAAGCAUUGCCCUAACAGAUUGCAACCAAAACUUUAAAGGUUGGAAAAUAAUAGUGUCCUACUUGGGACUCCCUUUCAAGGUUACUUAGGGAUAAGAAAGAAUGCUAGCAUCUCUCUGUCAAGCAGAGAGAGAUCAAGAGGAGUAUUCUUGUGUUAAAACUAAAACUCUGGACCACUGAAGCUAAAAGCCCUACUGCAGGUGUAAAAUAAGUGCAUCAACUAUAGGAUCAAGCUUGAACAUUUAACCAUUCGCUGUCUGGCUUUGCCCUUAAAACAGGGUGGGAAUUAAAAUGUGAUUGGGUUAGGUAAUACCAAGAACUAAUACAUAACAGAGGUGCAUAAUAUAUUUAUCUUACUUUUUAGGUGCUUUGAGUUGAGGCUAAAUGGGGUACAACAUUAAGUGCUACAUUAGUCAUUCUGAUGACAUAACCAGUUUGGUUAAGCAGCUUGUGAACCCAUAUAAAGAAUGAAUUUGAGAGUAGAAUUCUGUCCAAAAAAUAAUUGUGUGAGCCCAGGAAUCCUUAGGAUCACUCAGAUUUAGUUAUAGCAAAAUGAAACCUUCAAUAUUUUCUUUCACUUUUUUUUCUUUUAUUGUAAACGAGAUUACUCUUCAGUUCUGUGGUAGGGACAAAACCAUACCAGGUUUUCAAGGGGAGAAAACAUUUUGAAGUUAGUCAUCACAGAAGAUGCAACAUCUUUUCUUGAAGAUUGCCUUAAGAGAGCUCCAGCCCCAUUCUUGAACCUUGGAUGUGUUCUGACAUAGUUACCUCGUCUUAAAUUUUGAAUCUUUGAAUCAUAAACAGCCCCAGCACUUUUGCUUAACUACUGAUAAAAGCUUUGCUUCCUACCAUUUAUUUACAUAUUACUCUAGUGACUGUCCCAAAAUGAUGUGGUAGGAUAUGCAGGAGUCGCAUAGAAGAGGAAAAUAUUUGUUUUAAAAACUCACUUUUUUAUGUUUUGAUCUAUUUCCCCUGGGGAGCCUUUUAUUUUUCUUGAAAAUAACUGGUUUUCUCACAGACGAUUGAAGUGGUGAUCAAAUUCUUCAGCUAUUUAUUACUACUUUUCCCUGUGUCUAUAUUUGAGAGCUUUAAGAGGUGCUGUUAAAAAUGAUUGGGAAUGAUUUGAAAUGAGGGGUACAUUAGGGCAUUAAAAAAUUAGAAAUAAUGCUAUAAGCCUAGAUUGCCCAAGAAGUACCCUCAUUUGACUUGCAUUUCGUAGCUUGUGUGUGUGUAUAUGGUUUAGAAGUACACUUGGCUCAAAAACCUAGUUUGAUUUGAUCUUCAUGUCUUGGGCAGAACUUUUUAGUUGAAUAUAGGUUACUGGGGUAAAUGAAUUAUCUUGCUGCUCAUAUACUUGCAAGGUUGGGACUUGAAUUUUCCUUAUUAUCUAGUAUUGUUGUGUCCUGGUCAGCCUUCCUCUCUCCCUUCUCUCUCUCAACUAUUAUCCCUUUUACAAAGUUACUUUUUCAUUUUGGUUCAGUGAAGGGUUUAAUGACUACAGAUGGAGGUUUCAGCUGGACCAUGUUGAUGAGGUUUGUUGUUUGUUUUGUUUUGAGCUGACUAUAUAUUUAAAAAUUAUAAGUAGAUAAUAUUUUUGUGCAGUAUGAUCAGUUUGCUCAGAAUUGGGGGCAUUUGGCAUGUUGGGGCCUAGAAGGGGCAACUUAAAUAGAGACAGAGUACUUCAACCCCAGGCAGCCAGCACAAUAACUUUCCUGUUGAAAAUACCACAUGUGGUUAUAUUACUGUAAAUGACAUUGAAUUGGAACUAGACAGCGCUUAGUUCUGCACACAGCUGAAUUUUUUGGAAGAGAAAACUAAACAAAUUCAAUCUUGAUUCUUACUGGCUAAUAUUAUGGAGAGUUGGAAAGUUGCAUGUGGCCAGAUGCUCUCUAGUGUCACUUUAGUAGCCAUGACUAUAAUUUAGGCCUGCGAGGAGAUAGACUUUUUUAUGGGGAAUAUAUUUAUGUGUGUGUGCACAUAAGUUUUGUUUCAGCAGGAUAGAAAAGAAGCAAAUCCAUGACUUGUUUUUCUAUUUAUAUUUUGAUUCCAAAAGCUAUUUGUUUACUUGCAAUGGUCUGUUAAUUUCAGGCCUAACUUAAUGGUUCAGUAGCAGAUACAACAAAUGUAAAUGUGUUUACAUUUUAAGAAGUAUGCAGUGAUACUUAAAGAUCAGUUAAUUAACUGGGAGGCAAACAUUAGACUACACAUUUUUUUAUUUCUCUCUUUGAUCAAGUGUAAAAUUCUUCUAAAAGAGAAGCUCUAAGAAUUAAAACCUCAGCAAAUGAAUUCAUGACCUUACUCUUCCAUAUGGCAGUUACCAUUAUGUCACUAUAUAAAUAUAGCUACAGCUACAAAUAUGUAAUGAAAACUAUUUGGACACCUAAAUUAAAGAGAUUCUUGGCAGUGUCUGAUAUAUACCGGUAGUUGAACAUUGUGAGUGUAGAGAGAGCAUGGGGGAGGACGGGGUGGAAAUAUAAAGAAAAAUAGUUCAUAAACUCAUUGGUGAUCUACUGAAAAGAGAUUAUAUUAAAAAAAAAACAAAACAUUGCCCUUCUCGCUCUUCUCCUCUGAAAUGACUGUAGUGGACGCUCUUAGUCAUCCAACUUUUUUUUUUCACCCAUUUGAUUUAAUUGACCCCCUUAAGUAGUGUCUUGUUUUAAAUCAGAGAAACACAUAGGCUUCCAAGUACAUAUGGAUCUUGUAUAUAUAAGAUUUUUACAAAAGUCAACAGCAACCCAGUACCAGAUGCAAGUCACAUAAGUGUCCCCCCAAAUUAGAUAUGUCCUUUACCUCUCCAUCUUGCUUUGCACUGCGUAAUGCACUCUAUAAAUAUACAAAAACUAAACAGAUACCUGCCCUCUAACAUCUUUCUAAUUCAUUACUUCAAAAUUCUUAUUUUACCUCUAUUGAUACCUUAUUAACAUCUGAAAAAAAAAUAUAUAUAUAUGUUUUGUUUUGUUUUUUUUAAAUUGGGACACUAUAGUUUGUUAGGCCUUGAGAGUUUUGUGGCAGGACUCUUCUGCUGUGUCUCACUACAAUCAUUGACUCCUUUAUGGCAUGCUUUGAUUACUAGACUUCAGGCAGUCUCUUUCAUUCUAUCAUAUUUAUGAACAAAGUAUAUUUCCCUUUCCAUGUGUGCUGUGUGUCUGACGUUUUGAAUAAAACGUGUGCCAGUUGACUAUAAGCAGUUGAUUUUGGUAAUAUUGGACUUUUCUUAAAGUACAGAGGUUUGAAGUAUAGGCAUGUACACUGGCGUAAGAAUAGAGUGGAUUGAGGGUCUGGAUCAGGACCCAAGCUGGUCAGGUCAGAUGCCAAAACAGAAGAGCAAUCGACUGAACUGGUCUAUUUCAAGAACGGAGAGGGUGCGAAGAGUGAGACCACAUGUGGCUGUACACACCUGGUCCCCAAGUUUCCCUCCGACCUCUGGCCUGUUAGUGUUUAUUUAUGCUACAGAGAGGAAAACAAGAAGUAAGCUUCCUACACUUGGCAUAAUUGAGCCACUGCCAGGUUUGCUGGCAGCUUUGGCCACAUUAUCUGUGAGGUGAUGUUCCUUUGUGUUCAGAGUGACUUCUGAUUCUUAUUCUUUGUGUUGUUUUGUAUGGAGCGGCACUUUAUCUGUGUUUUAGCAGAAUUGUUCCUCAGUAUCCUUUUCAGUUUUUUCUUGUUUUGGUUUCCUUUUAAAUUAUGCAUAGAGUUUUUUGUGUGUGUGAAAUUAAAGCCUUUAUUAACCUUG